GGACAUAGACGAUGACGCACUGCGUGUUGGCAGUCGAGGCAAACCCUGGUUAAACCCUCUACCUUUCUCCAUUUUCGAACUAUUGUCUUUGAAUUUGAUAACAAUGUCGUCCCUUGCUGCGAAAUUUGCCCACCAUUUUACAGCCUCUGCAAGAUGUACUUCUUCUCUCGUGUCUGGAGUUCAAAGGAGCUCGAAGCUGUGGUACUCGACGGCGUCAUUUGGUGGUGAUAAUAGUAGUGCAAAGAAUAGUGAAGCAGAAGAUUUCCAUGAUGAUUUUAUUCCCGAGAAGCGAGAAUCGAUAGCGCAAGGUGUAGAUCCUAAAAGAGGUUGGACUUUCAGGGGUGUUCAUAAGGCAGUUAUAUGUGGGAAAGUUCGUCAAAGCCCUGUGCAGAAGCUCUUAAGAAGUGGAAGGACCUUGACAAUCUUUAACGUUGGAACAGGAGGCCUAUGGGACCAAAGAGGUGUUAGUGACUUGCCAAAGCCCGCCCAAUGGCAUCGUAUUGUUGUCCAUAAUGAAGCACUUGGUGCAUAUGCUGUUCAGCAACUUGUAAAAAACUCUUCAGUUUACGUUGAGGGUGACAUUGAAAUUCGAGUUUACAAUAAAGGCAUCACUGGCGAAGUUGUGAGGAUGCCAGAAAUUUGUGUUCGCUAUGAUGGUAAGGUUCACCUCAUAAAGCCUGGAGAAAGUACUACCAAUAUUCCCUUUGAAGAACUGCGGCAAGGAUUGCUGUGAAUCAGUGAUGUCAAAUUAGUGAUUGAUUGUAGAGACCUGACAUGUUCAUCUUGGACUCUGCUGAAGCUUCGCUUUGUGUAAGAUAUAUAUAUGUGCACUUUAGUUUAAUCUCUUGCAACUUCUGGAGAGAUUUGUUUGAAUUGCAAUUUACUCAACAAGCACUCUCCAACACGGAAUAUUAUUUUGUGUGUUUUUACAUUAUUGCAAAAUUUAAGUUUAGCUUGUUUUAGAUUUGCAGUGAAAUAGAUUUAGUGUUGCUAAACUGUAAUUGCAAGUUCUGAUACUCUGACAGUAGGACAUAAAGCUGUAUGAUUUGUGAUCAAUAUUGUAAUUUGUCAGUAAUUGCAUAUUGGUAAACCUCUUACCCUUUUAUCA